AUAGCGGGCAGUUCCCCCUCGUGUGCCGGCGCGAGUGAUUGUGGGUCUUGCAAGUGAUCUAGAGGCAGGUGUGGUCGAUACGGCGUGGUUCCAGUACCACAGCACGCUACCAGCAGUACCGAGCGAUGCGGCGAGCGGCCGCGCUGCUGGCCGUGGCGGCCGCCGCCGCCGCCAUCGACGUGCAGCGGCUGCCGGCAUUCUUCGAGCAAGACAUCCAGCUGACGAUAGACAACACGGUCGAAUACAUUCUAGAGUUCACGCCGACGGCGGAACAAGCAGCGUGGCCGUCGCGCGUGCGCCUGGAGGCGUCGGCCGCCGACCCCGCGCAGCCCGUGCUGGUCACUGCCAGGCAACGCAUUGGCGCAGUGACGUGGCAGCUGCCAUACCGGUCGCGUGACGGCGCGUUGCUGCAGCAGUUGCAGCGCACGCUCUGCUUCAACUUCACCGAGGGCGCGCCGGUGGCCGUGGACAACGGGGGGGCGGCGUUCUCACUGCACGUGUCGUCGGCGGGGGGUGGCGCCGUGCACGUGGCGGCACGUGCCGACCCCGCGCGCGACGUGCUGCUGGACCUGGACCGCCCCGCCACCGUCACCGUCACGCAGACAGCUACGGGCGUUUACUACUACGGGUGGGGCGAAGAGUCGCGCGUGCGGCUAGUGAUGGAAUCGGAAGACGACGUGUGCGCCACGCUCGCCGUGCACAAUUAUACGUGUCCGGUGGCAGAGACAGCAGAGACAAUAUCGAUCGGCGGACUGCGCAUGACCGUGCAGCGCUCCGGCGGGAUUAACGUCGCGCGGAGUCAGUUCCCGGAGGGGUUCUAUGUGAUGGUGCUGGUGCAAGACACGGACGGGGAGUGCUCGGGCGAGGGUGACCCGGGCGGCGACUCUGAUUGGCUGUGGGAGGCGGCGCUGGGGGCCGAGGACUCGGCCAGGACAGAGGCGCCGCCCACACGAGCCAAGACUGUCACGCUCACAGUGCGACCGGCGCUGACGCGCACACAGUACGCGGUGGCGAGCGUGGUCACGCUGGUCAUAUUCCUGGUGUUCUACGCGGGCUUCCUGGCUCUCAUAUUUGCGCAGCGGUACAAGCCCAUCAAGCGGCUUAUCGCGCCCAAGGCCGUGCUCGCCGACGCCAAGAGUGGAGAGGAUGAAGUGGACGCUGGUGUUAGAAGAAGACGCAGAGGUUCUGACGCGACGUUUGACAGUGUGGACGACGACAGCGAGUCGGACGAGGAGCCCGAGCCCAGCCAGCCCGCCGGCCAGGUGGCUGGACAGCGGCAGAGCGCGGCGGCGGUGAACGGCGCCUACUCGGAGGACGGGACGCCCGGCGUCGCCGUCAUCAGCCCAGCGGCGCCCUACGACGCAGGCGUCGUGGCGCCGACGUCCGUCACUGUCGUAGAUUCUUCGCCAACGACGGAUGCGAAUCAAGAUCAGUGCCGACCGGAGGCGGCUGCGGCUGUGGCCCCGUUCGGGCUGCCCCCGCGGCUGCGCGUGGCGGCGCUGGCCCGGCGCGGGCCGCGCACGCGGCGGGCCCGCUCCGACCGCUACCUGCACACGCUGUACACCGUCGCCGUCUUCUACGCGCUGCCCGUGCUGCAGUUCGUGGCCGCCUUCCAGCUCGUGUUGAACGUGUGGGGCUCGCUGGACUUGUGCUACUACAACUUCCUGUGCGCGCACCCGCUGGGGCAGGUGUCGGACUUCAACCACGUGCUGUCCAACCUGGGCUACCUGCUGCUGGGCGCGCUGUUCAUGCUGCAGGUGCGGCGCCGCCGGGCGCGCCGGCGCCGCAAGCCCCGCCACGAGGAGUACGGCAUCCCGGCACACUACGGGCUGCUGAGCGCGCUGGGCGCCGGCAUGAUGAUGGUGGCCCUACUGUCCGCCAGUUACCACGUGUGCCCCAACAGACUCAACUUCCAGUUUGACACGGCGUUCAUGUACGUGUUGGCGGUGCUGAGCAUGGUGAAGAUCUACCAGGCGCGGCACCCCGACAUCAACGCGCGCGCACACUCCACCUUCGGCGUGCUGGCCGUCCUCAUCGCGCUCGUGGUGUGGGGCGUGCUGGGCGGCGGCGCGCUGUUCUGGGGCGUGUUCACGGUGCUGCACGUGUUCACCUUCCUGCUGCUGUCGCUGCACAUCUACUACGUGGGCCAGUUCCGGCUGGACGGGUCGGGGCUGGCGGAGGCGGCCCGCGGGCUGCGCUCGCUGCCGGCCACGCGGCCGCUGUACGUGCCGCGGCUGGUCAUGCUGCUCAUUGCCAACGCCAUCAACUGGGCCUUCGCGCUCUACGGAUUGUUCUCGAUGCCGGCGGACUUCGCGGGGCACCUGUUGCAGGUGCUCCUGUGCAACACGCUGCUGUACAUGGUGUUCUACCUGACCAUGAAGCUGCUGCACGGCGAGCGGCCGCGCUGGUACGCGUGGGCCUUCCUGGCGGCGGCGGCGCUGGCCUGGGCGCCGGCGCUGUACUUCUUCGUGUCGGGCAGCUCGGACUGGGCCACCACGCCGGCGCUGUCCCGCCACCGCAACCACGAGUGCCGCGUGCUGCACUUCUACGACUCGCACGACCUGUGGCACUUCCUCUCCGCCGUCGCGCUCUAUCUGUCCUUCAACACCAUGCUCACAUGGGACGACGGGCUCGCCGCCGUCAAGAGAACCGAGAUUGCCGUCUUCUAAAACAUUCUCUUAGAAUUAAACAAUA